UGCCGUACUCAGAGCGUACAAUGGCUGCGCGCUAGAGUUUCUGGUGUGAUGGAAAGUGAGUGAAAUAUACCCCUUUCCUUCCGUGUUCACUGAUUGCAACCUGUCCUCUAUCCGUAUCUCAUUCUGAUUUGCAACCUUCACCCCUGCAGGGAUAGUUUGGCUGCACUAAGUUGACAUGGCUGACUACUGGAAAUCUCAGCCAAAGAAGUUCUGCACAUACUGCAAGUGUUGGAUUGCAGACAACAAGCCUAGUAUUGAGUUUCAUGAAAGAGGGAAAAAUCACAAAGAAAAUGUCACCAAGAAAAUCAGUGAGAUUAAGAAGAAAAGCAUGGACAAGGCAAAAGAAGAUGAGAAAAAAUCCAAAGAAUUCGCUGCCAUGGAGGAAGCUGCCCUAAAAGCUUAUGAAGAAGAUCUUAAGAGACUUCAAGGCGACGUUCCAGUUCCUGUAGGUCCAACAGUCCAGCAAAUCAAAGCCCGGAAUGAGAACAAGUGGAAGGAGAUUGAAGCAAUAGAAAGAGUGCAUGCUAAAAAGCAAUGGAAGAAAGAGAUUUCUCCAGAAGGAUACCCUUAUUAUUAUAAUACUUUGACUGGAGAAUCUCGGUGGGAGGAACCAGAGGGAUUCCAAGAGAAAUCAGAAAAAACAGACAAGGCUGGAUCUAGUUCUGCUUGGGUAGAAGGUCUCUCUGAGGAUGGCUACACAUACUAUUACAACAGUGAAACAGGAGAAUCUAGCUGGGAGAAACCAGAGAACUUUGUUUCAAACUUACCAGCUGAGGAAACCGAGAAAGAGGCUGCAAACACUGAAGAGUCUGAAGCAAAAGAGGUUGGAGAUACACAGUCAGCUACAGAGACUUCAGCAGAGGACCAAGAAAACUCUGAACCUGCUGUUAGUCAAACACCCAAAAUACAUUUUAGGAGUAAAAUUGAAACACAAAUAGAAAGUGAUGAAGAGGCAGAGGUAUCAAAACCAGAAUCAAAACAAGAAGCUGUUGAAGAACAACCCAAACCAGAAAUUCCCAAAAAAGUGCCCAGAAAACCAAAUGCUUAUGGAGCCUGGGAGGUGAUCAAAGAGGAGGAGGAUCCUUAUGCAAACGUUGAUUUAGAGCUUCCAAAUGUGGAGUAUGACAUUCCUGCAGUGCCUAUACCAGACCUACAGCACGAGCCAAAAAUAAAGUUCAAGGAGAAAUCAAUCACUUCCCUUGAAAGUUCAGUCGGAGGGGAAUCUUUCUUCAAGAAAAGGAAGCUGGAAAAUGGCAAAUCCCGAAACAUACGCCAGAGAGCUAGUGAUCAGUAAAGGACCUUGACCCAAUUUAAAUACACAUUUUUAAACAGAUUUUGCAAGCAGAUUGUUUUCUAGGAAAGCUUUGCUUGGUUUGACAUAAUAAAUAUUUUACUUUUAUUUCA